AUGGGAAGCGAAUCAAUGAGCCAUCAUCAUCACUUAUCGUUUAGAAAGAAACUAAAAUCAAAGCUUUGCAUCGCCGGGGGAUGUUUCCGAACGACCAACAAUCCCCAAAGUCUCCCUGAGCAACCAUUGUCUCCGACAACUCCAAAUGAGACAUCAACACAAAGCCCACAUGGCGGUGGUAUCAAGAACAAAUCUCCUAGACUUGCUCGGACCUUGUCCAAAUCGCACGAAAAAUGCAAAAAUCUGAUCCAUCGGAUCGGGGAAGGUAAGCACGUACGACGUCAUACGGCGGAUUUUCAUUAUGAUCCGUCGAGCUAUGCGCUAAACUUUGACAGGGGAGACGAGGACGAACAUGUCAAUCGUUUUCCACUUUACAACUUCUCUUCUAGGCUUCCUCAUUCACCACCUUCCUCUGCCACAUCGCCUGCAUCCUCCUUCACCAUCCAUAACCUUCUGCGGUGA